AGGUUUUCCCCUUCCCUUCAUCAGUCGCCGCCACCACCAUGUCCUCCGCCGCCAUUCCCCCGGUCGCCUGCCCCUCUGCGCCGUCGUGCCGGCUUAGGCCGGCGAGUACUCCUCCGUGGUAGAGGAAGACUCCUUCUCCUGGUGGUGAACACCGUUCAGGAGGCGCUAGGCUGCUUCAGCGUGGGGCAGAUUCAUACACGUGCAGAUGAGGCCCUGCCUCCAAUUUGCUGUUGCGGUGGCGUUCCUACGGGCGGGGAUGAGCGCCGUUGGUGGGGUUGGAGCAGAUCCGCCGGCGCUUGGUCCGGCGUUGAAGAAGGGGGCGGUUCCAUGCCGUGCCGCCAUGGUACAGCCCUCUGGUCCGCCGCCAUCACCUCUGAUGAAGACGCCAUGCCCGCCGAAGCCCGAGGGUGCCGGAGUCGGGGACCGCGCCGCCACGGGACGGAGUCCCGGGAUGAGGUUGUUGGGGCCGGCUUGGUUCCGGCGUGGAAGAUGAUGAAGCGGGCGUCGAUGACGGGAACAGACAGUAGGAGGGCAUCUAGCGUGGUUGGGAUUCCGGCACGCAUGGUGGCAUUGCUGGGGUUGCGACUUGGCGCGGUGGAGGCGGCGCCAGGCGGCACCGGGGCCGCGGCUUGGCACGGUGCAGGCGGCGCCGGGGCCGCGGCUUGGCACCAGUUGCUUGGUCCGGCGGCAUCAUGGAUCGGCGUUGGGCGUUGAGGGUGCAGACGAUGACAGCCUCCAACGCGCAUGGCGUGAAGACAGCGAACACCACGACGAGGGCCACCGAUGCGCAGAGGUUCGGCGUGGCGGUAGUCGGCCUCAGGCAGUGCGUGGCCGCGGUGUGGAAGGCAUGUUCCAGCAUUCUGGACACGGAGGCCAUGGUGGUUACGGCAUGCAGGGCGUCCUCGGUGGUGAAGUCCGAGGAUAGGACAACAACAAACUUAAUGGAGAAUGUCGCAGAAGGCUCUAACAAGCAUGUUCACGGACGCGCACCAUCCUCAGCGCGGGUUCCCACCGACCCAGAGGUGCCACGUGUAGAUCCCACCGCGGGCGCCGACCAUGUCGAGCCGGGCGCGCCUCGACCGCCCCCCGUGGUUGAGGAAGCUGAGGCGGAUCAUCGGACGUCGCCUAGUCCUCUCCGCUGGGGAGGCCCGCCCGCCGAGGCGCUCCCAUCGAUCCAGAGGCAUUCCCCAACCCCAACACCGGCCGUUUCCAUGGCAGCGGACGUGCCGCUCAUACCUGCUUAAACAACCAGAAGUAAUCGUGCCAAGAACGAGGUGAGAUUGGUUAAGGAAAUCAAGCAGAGUCAGGGUAUCCAUCUCUGAAUUCCUGUGUUGUAGGCAGAUGAUGUUUUCUGAACAAAUUCUCGAACCCACAUCAGAACACUUCGGUGAUGGUAGGCAGAGGGGAAAAAAACAUAGCCACAUAGGUUUAGAAACUGUUUGGAUUCAGGGUAAUUUUUAGUCUGGAUCGUAUUGAAUAUUUGUAUGCUAAUUAAAGGAACUAACAUUAACUAACUAUAAAAUUAAUUGCAUAAAUGUAGACUAAUUCACGAGAUGAAUCUAUUAAGCCUAAUUAAUUCAUCAUUAGCACAUAUAUUUACUGUAGCACAACAUUACCUAAUCAUGAACUAAUUAGGCUUAGGUCCCAUUUGGAUCCCUUUAUUUUGAGAAAUUGAAAUCUACUUAAUAGAUAGAGUAGGCUAUUUAUCUUGGAACGUGGCAUUCCACAACUUUCCAAAGUCUAUAUAUAUAAGCUUAUCUUAAAUUCGUGGGGAUGGGAUGGAAAUUGAUAUUCUCAUGUUAUAUUCUAAUGUACAACUUAUAGCACACUCUUCGACUCGCUUCCCUAUAGCAGUUAUAUAAGUAUCUCUGCCAUAUAGCCAACAAUAGUAUACAAAUAUAUUCCACGUACAACUAUAUUAGCUAAUUAAUUUAUAUCUAAAUUGUAAUUAUUAGAAUGGAAUUCAAUUCCAAUGAUCCAAACGGAACUCUAAUGUAAUCAUCUCGCGAAUUAGUCUCUGUUUAUAUAAUUAAUUUUGUAAUUAACUUAUAUAUAAUACUUUUAAUUGGUGUCCAAAUAUCCGAUAGUCCGGGGAUCUAAUCAGCCCCUAAGGUUAAUGGAAGAUCUGCCCCAGUUCUUCCAUACCGAGGCAUCUGGACUUUCAGGUUCUGGAGCCUAGAAGAGGUCGACAAGAAUUGCUUAACCAGCAUGUGAUUUCUGGAGGCGAAAACAGUAAACAGGUCGCACGGGGGCCUGAAAACUGACAGUCAAAGAGCCAAUAAGGUGGGAAAAGGACAUACGAACAUGUUCUGAGCAGUGGGCCCAAAGCCCUUGGCCUUGCAUGCUGGACACACCACUGGACACUGGUGCAGCGAUGCUGAUCCACGGAUCCUGAGAUUCCAGAUUGUGCAGUAUGUGUCCUGUUUUUGAGAAGACACCACCGAGGAUCAAAAACAAAGAGGAGGAGAAGAUACCAAGGCUGCAAGCGACGUAGCGGAAGGCUGGAGGAAGGAAAUACAAGCCCGAGGCACCAGACAAAUGGGAAAGUGACGAGGCCGUAGUUUUUUUUUUUUGAUAAGCUUGUGCCGAGCCGUUGGUGCACAUCUAUUUCACUGCCUGGGCACUCCACUGCCCACUUGCCUCGAGGAGCAGCAGCGAAAGCAGCAAUGGCGCAGGAGAUCGAACACACCCACCUCCCCAUCCGCGGGCUCAACAUCCACGUCGCGCAGGUCGGCAAAGGUGAGCUUGGGACGGUGGUGUUCCUGCACGGCUUCCCGGAGAUAUGGUACUCGUGGCGCCACCAGAUGCUGGCCGUGGCCGCCGCCGGGUACCGCGCCAUCGCGCCGGACUGCCGCGGGUACGGCCUCUCGGACCAGCCGCCGGAGAACGAGGAGGCCUCCUGGGACGACCUCGUCGCCGACGUGCUCGCCAUCCUCGACGCCUACUCCAUCCCCAAGGCGUUCUUGGUCGGCAAGGACUUCGGCGCCAUGCCGGCGUACGAGUUUGCGCUGCAGCACCCUGACCGCACCUGCGGCGUGAUGUGCCUGGGCAUCCCCUUCAACCCCGCGCCCAUGUCCUUCGACACCAUGCCCGAAGGCUUCUACGUCCUGCGCUGGCGCGAGCCGGGCAGGGCGGAGGCGGACUUCGGCCGGUACGACGUGAGGCGGGUGGUGCGCACCAUCUACGUGCUCUUCGCCGGCGCCGAGAUCCCGACGGCGAAGGAAGGGCAGGAGAUCAUGGACCUCGCCGACCUGUCCACGCCCCUGCCGGAGUGGUUCACCGAGGAGGACCUCGACGCCUACGCCAAGCUCUACGAGAAGUCCGGCUUCCGCUACCCUCUCCAGAUGCCGUACAGGGCUUUACACAAGAUACCGAACCGGAUGGACGCCAAGUUCCAGGUGCCGGUGUUCAUGGUGAUGGGGGAGAAGGACUACUGCUUCAAGUUCCCGGGGUUCGAGACCGCGUUGAAGAGCGGCGCCAUGGAGACCUUCGCGCCGGACCUGAAGAUCACCUACAUCCCGGAGGGGAGCCACUUCGUGCAGGAGCAGCUCCCGGAGCAGGUCAACGAGCUCCUCCUCGGCUUCCUCAAGGACCUCCCCGUCGUCGUCGCCGCGUGAGAUGCCACCGGGACCGUGGGAACAGCAGUUUCAGCAGCUGCUUCCUAUCGCCGUUGGUCAUGUAGCUCUGAAUUUUCUCGGUAAUAAAGUUGCACGUUGGUAGUGCUGGAUCAUAGCUUGUAUGUUUAGUGCGUCAUGUUCAGUGGGGAUGCCGUGUUGUGCUCGGUAAUACGCACUAGUAUCUGAUAAGAAAUUUGCUUGGCCGAUGCGUUGGAGGAUGCUGCAUGAUGGUGUAAUGGAAAUGGUCCUGGUGAUGGUUUUCAGAUUUCGCAGAAGUGAAAGUGAAAGCGAAAGACUACCGGCAAAGUUUGAUUUCA